AAAUAUUAGAAGCCAGUCGGCAAAUACCAUCGAAACAACGCGGAACUAAAAGUAACUGGUUCGAGAGAACUCGGAAGUUUCGUUUAACUAACCUUCUGGGCUUUUGUGUUUUUAGUUCAAGCGUGCUGGCAAAUUGCAAGAUAUUGUGCUUUUGUAAAGACGGAAUAUAAACAAAAAAAAAAAAAAGAAAAAUAUUCGUGUAUAAAAAAGUUAACCAAGAAUUUUUGUGAUAUAAAGGAUUAGUAAAGUGUUCCUUUAAAGGAGUAAUAAAGUGUUUUUAAAAAAAGUGAACUGUUUUAAAAUUUAAGGAGGCUUUGAAAUAUCAUGCAAGAAAUGUUAAUAUUUUUUGAUAGAUAAAGCUUUGAAUCGGGAGUCCAAUUGUAGCAAAGUUGUAUGCCAGCAUUUUUCGCCGACACCGUCGAUUUUUACUGUUACCUAGCUGUCGCUAUGCAAAGUCGUAUAAAAUGUUGCUGACAGUGUCGCCAGAAUCUGCAAGUAAAAUACAAAAAUAAAUAAAAUAAAAAAUAAAAUAAAAUAAAUUAAUAUUGAAGUGUGUAAAUAUGUACUUGUAUGAAAUAAUAUACAUACGCAUAUACAAAAUAAAGGUAUAUAAAGUGCAGAAAGUGUAAAGUGAUUAAGAAAUAAUCAAGGCAAUUAAGUGACAAUUGAAUUCAAUUAGAAGUGCAAAAUAAUUUCAGUGAAAUUCUCAACAACUGUGAUCAAACAUAUACAAAAAAAAAGAUAUAUAUAUAUAUAUAUAUAUAUAUACUAUAUAUAUAAAUAAAAAAUAUAUAUAAUACAACAAAUAUACAAAAAGUAAUUCAACAAAGUUAAAGUAGUAGUUUCCAUUAACACCCGUACACACAGCGAAUAUUAACACAAAAAUGACGCUGGCAUUACACGAUAAACUGCUGAAAGAGCGCGUCAAACCCAUCGAUAUACAAUUCAAGGAUCUAAGCUAUCAAGUUCAAGUGCAAAAAGUGAAGAAAACAAUAUUGAAAGGAAUUUCUGGUACAUUUCGCGCUGGUCAGCUGACGGCAAUUAUGGGACCCUCGGGGGCAGGCAAAUCGAGUUUAAUGAAUAUUUUAACUGGACUAACUACGAAAGGUGUCAGCGGUAAUAUACAGUUUGGCGACUCACCAACUAAAUCGCGUAAACUGUGCUGUUAUAUAAUGCAAGAUGAUCAUUUUCAUGCAUAUUUUACCGUUGAGGAGACAAUGCUGCUGGCGGCUCAAUUGAAAAUCUCAAACGAUUCGAUGAAUAUCAAGGAGAAGAAAAUGCUGAUCGAACAUUUAUUGGACACCUUAAAGUUAUCACAAACCAAAUUAACACGCACCGGAAAUCUAUCUGGCGGUCAAAAGAAACGCUUAUCCAUCGCUUUAGAGUUAAUUGAUAAUCCGGCGGUGCUAUUUUUGGAUGAGCCAACAACCGGCUUAGAUAGCUCGGCAUCUUCCGACACCAUACAGUUAUUACAGACCUUGGCGAAUGAAGGUCGCACAAUCGUGUGUACAAUUCAUCAACCUUCGUCACAUAUUUAUAGUCUGUUUAAUCAAAUUUAUGUGCUGAGUCAGGGUUGCUGUACUUAUCAGGGAGCGCCGCAUAAUACAAUUGACUUUUUGCGAACGGUCGGUUUGGAAUGUCCGACUUAUCAUAAUCCUGCUGAUUUUCUGCUGGAGUGCGUGAACGGUGAUUAUGGCGAUCACACCGCUGACUUAGCCGUUGCAGCGCUGCAGCCCCGAUGGCGACAUGAUUACGAUAUGGAACAGCAGCAACAGCACUUGGACGGUUUAAAUGGUGUACAAAUCGUCAAAAUGAUGGAGUCUCAACGGGGUGGGGUAAAAGAACUAUCACCCGCGAUAACACCGCCGAUGUCUGCCACUAAACAUGUUUACCCGCCGCCAGAAUGGAUGCGUCUGUGGCUGUUGAUCGGACGUUGUCAUGUGCAAUUCUUCCGCGAUUGGACGGUGACCUACUUAAAAUUGGCUGUGCAUAUAGUAUGCGCUAUACUGAUUGGCUUUCUAUACGGCGACUCCGGUUCAAAUGCGACAAAACAGAUUGCAAAUUUAGGUUCAUUCACAAUACACAACACAUAUUUGUGGUAUACAACAAUGAUGCCGGGACUAUUAAGAUUUCCGCAAGAAAUCAGCAUAGUCAAAAAGGAAACAUUUAAUAACUGGUAUAAAUUACGAACGUAUUAUAUGGCGACCCUGAUAACAUCUACGCCGGUCCAUAUCAUCUUCUCUAUGACUUAUAUCACCAUCGCCUACCUGAUGACCGAUCAACCGUUCGAAAUUGAACGUUAUGCGAAAUUCAUGUUGACAGCUGUCGUGGUGACGAUAUGCGCCGAUGGAUUGGGAGUGUUAUUAGGCACUAUAUUGAAUCCAAUUAACGGUACAUUUGUUGGCGCUGUACUGACUUGCUUUAUGCUGAUAUUCUCCGGGUUUCUUAUACUCCUAACACAUAUGUCGAGUUUAAUGCGAAUAUUAUCGUACUUAUCACCGAUACGCUAUGCACUGGAGAGUAUGGUGUUGGCGAUAUAUUCUAAUAAUCGUGGGAAUAUUACAUGUCCAAUAGAUGUGGUCUAUUGUCAUUUUAAAAAUGCCAGCACAGUGCUACGUAGUUUCGGUAUGGAAAAUGGAAAUUUCGGCAUGAAUAUAUUAAUAAUGUUCGUGCAGUUGUCGACCUUUAAAGGAUUAGCUUAUGUUAUGCUCAAGCGAAAAAUUCGAACGUAAAAUAUACUAUAUUAUGAUUGUUAUAAUAUAUUAUAUGAUCCGUAUACUAUAUGAUGAUAUAGGAUGUAAAUAUGUAGACGUUAUAAGUAUAAAAUACUGUUAGAAUAAACUACACUUACAAUGUAUAUAUUUUACAAAAAUAUAUUUGUUUUUGAAAGAAGUUAUGGUGUAUUGUUAGAACUAUGCAGUAAAAGUAAAUAAGAAAAGAAAAAGAAAAAGUUAAUAACGAAA